UACAAAUUAGAAUUAUUAUUAUUAGGCUAUUAAAAAAAUAUAUUACAUUACAACUUCGCCUUCUCCAAACAUUUGUACUAGGCCAAUUUUCUCCCCCUCUCUCUCUUUUCCACUGACAGCAUUCGGGAUAGAUCCAGAGUUAUGAAACGGGAUUCACAGCAGUCAGUGCGCUGCGGGCUUUUCCACCGAGCGCUUCCAGGAGUUUCCAGCACCGGGUCCGUCGUCGGGUAUUCCGCCCUGUUUUUUUUUUUUACGUGCGUGCGUAAAUAAUUUAUUUUAAUUUUACAUGAUACUUAUCGUCAGGAACGUGACAUUUUAUGCAAUCUGGCAUAAUUUCAUGUUUUCGGUAAAAUUUGCGUGUCUUUUUUCCAAAACUGGGUUGCACUAGGUAUUGUGACAGUUGAAACUUUGCCGAUUGUGUUAACAAGUAACAUAUUUUCAGAGGCUAAAAACUGAACGACAAUAGUGACAAAUAACUCACAAAAUCAACCAUACCGCCAUGAAAAGAAGACACAAUAUUCAUCAGCACCACAAUAAACCCGAGAGCUUCAAAAAGAAAUCUCCAUCCACUUGGCCGAUAUAUAGUGUUGUAGGUAUUUUGGCGGUCACUUGUUAUUUAAACAUUAUUGACGGUGACUUUGUUCAUGACGAUAUACCAGCUGUGACUUUGAACAAGGAUGUUUUGGCAAUAAACCCUGUGAAAAGUGUCUUCGAGAAUGACUUUUGGGGGACACCGAUGGCCGAUGAAAAUAGUCAUAAAAGCUAUAGGCCUUUAACGGUUUUAACUUUCAGAAUCAACUACUUAUGUUUCGGUCUUACACCAGUGGCGUUUCAUGCAACCAACAUUGCGCUACAUGCAGUGGCGUGCUUGCUGUUUACAAGGGUGUGUUUGUACGUAGCCGGUCUCAAACCUCCAUUUGCAACUUUGGCUGGUUUGAUGUUCAGUGUUCAUCCAAUACAUACAGAAGCGGUCACUGGCAUAGUAGGCAGGGCAGACGUGUUAGCAUGUGUAUUUUUUCUGAUGUCUAUAUUAGCGUAUCACGGCCAUUCGUCAGAAGGCCGAUAUCACGUUUGGACUAGUGUUAUAAUGGGUGUAAUGAGCAUGAUAGCUAAAGAAACUGGAAUAACUGUUUUCUUGGUGAAUUUGGGAUACGAUUUGUACUUACAAUGGCCAAAUAUCAGAAGAACAAUUACUGAAGUACGAUGGAAUCUGGAAAGUUUGGAAUUCAGUUUUAGAGCGACUAAAAUACUGAUGUCGACUGGGGUUUUACUAGCUCUAAGGCUGGCAAUUUUACAGGGAUCUUUGCCAAGAUUUUGCGAGCAGGAUAACCCAGCGGCAUUUCAUAAUUCAAUUUAUGUCAGAUUUUUAACAUUUUGCUACUUAGCAGCCUUCAACUUAUGGCUCAUCUUAUGCCCAGCGACUCUAUCACAUGACUGGCAGAUGGGCUCAGUACCUCUAGUGCUAUCAGCUGGCGAUUCCAGAAACUUUAUAACAUGCUUCUUCUUUGGGCUAUUAUUUUUAUUAACUUUGAGAAGUAUUGUAGAUUUUGAGACUCUAAGGCACCCACCAUUGAUCAUAGGUCUCCUACUGUUAGUGCUGCCAUUUUUACCAGCCUCCAAUGUAUUUAUAACCGUAGGAUUUGUAAUUGCAGAGAGAGUUCUGUAUAUACCCAGUUUGGGAUGUAUACUUUUAGUAGCCUAUGGAAUCCAGAUUCUAUGGACAAAUUGUUCAAGACACAGGCAAACGAUUUUCUGCUUCAUAACCCUUAUUUUAAUUACCAGCUCGCUUAGAACAGUAAUCAGAAAUAAAAAUUGGAAGUCUAGAGAAACUUUAUUACGAGCUGGACUUCAGGCAUUGCCACAAAAUGCUAAAAUGCAUUACAACUAUGCGAAUUUUCUUCGCGAAUCUUCGCUGACUGAGCUAGCUAAAUCGCAUUACUAUAUGGCGCUUAAAUUAUGGCCUUCUUACGCCAGUGCUCACAAUAAUCUGGGAACCAUUUUGAUAAAUAAUUAUGAAGCCGAAAAACAUUUUUUGGCUGCAAUUAAAUAUUCAUCAAAUCAUGUGAACGCUCACUUCAAUUUGGGGCAACUUUAUAGAAAAAACAACAAAACCAAAGAAUCUGAACAGAUGCUUAAAAAAUGCAUCGAGCUUGAACCAAAUUUCACUUUAGCCUAUUUGGAGCUAGCAAAAUUGAAAGGCGCAAAUGAUAAAAGAGUUUGGGAGCUUUUGAAAAAAGUUGUUGAACUCAAUCCGGAAGAUCCAUAUUAUGUUUCAAAAUAUGGAGAAUGGUUAUCUAAAAGAGGUAACCAUCUGGUAGGCCUACAAUAUUAUUGGGAUUCUCUUAAAAUAUGCUAUUCACAUCGAGAUGCUGCAAUUGGAGUUUUAAGACAUCUAAGGAAAUUUGGACAAAGAGCAAGAAUAUUUCAGAUGCUAACGAGAUGGCAUAACAUAUCAAGAAAAAAAGGAAUCAAGAAAAAACAAGACUUUUACCUUAAACAGUGGCAAUUAAGAACCGAAAUGAGCUAUAAAAUUAAGGAGUUUACAUCUACAUUAUAUACAAAUAAUCAUUCGACAUCAGGUGCUCGACAGUUUCACCUACAAACUGCUCAGAAGGCAAUGAAAGAAGCUAGAUGGAAAUUGAAAGAAAACAAUACCAUCAAUCCAAAUGGCAAACGAUAUAAAGAAAGGUUACAUAACGAACAUCGCGAUCAAAAAACCUUGAAUUUUGCUAGAUUUGCUUUACUCAACUGUUGCUAAAACUGUGGAUUGAGGCAAUACUAAUCGCACCAAACUGAAAAAAUAUACAUUUUUGUUUUGUUAAUUUGAGGAAAAAUAACUUUAAUUGUAAUUUAACUAUGAUAGUAUUUUCACACGUGAGUGUAAAUCGGCCAAAGUGCGGAAAAACUCAUUGUUUACCGCAGAAAGGGCUUGUAAUAUAUCAAUCAAUGUAAUUUAUGUAAAAUUGUAAUAUCAUACUUUAGUUUAAGAGAUACAAAAACUGUGAUAUACAUGUAUCUGUGAUUACGGCAAAUAGGAUAGCUUGACAAAAAAAAAACGAUCUAUUCAGAUAGAUUAUUAGUUAUAAUGAACAAAUUGGCCAAAUUUUAAUAUUUUAAAUCUAUAAAUAAUAAAAAUUAUAUAUUUUUAAAGAUAUCCUAUCUGCUAAGAGACAUAAAAUUAAUCAUCAGUAUUAUUCCUAGCAACAAUUUUUAUAAAAAGUCGUUUUGUAUUGAAAGUAGAUGGAAUAACAGAACUCACUAUUUAAAAACAAAUCCCAAUUUCAAAAGCUAUCUUCUACAUCUCUUGUAUAGAAAAUAUUUUAUAUGUAUAUAAUAAAAUUUCUUGACAAAUGCCCGAAGCAUACAAAAACAUGCAGUGUUUUUAAAUAAUAAUACAUAAUUAUAAUCAAUAUAUUAUUAGAAUUGAAACUCAACUCAGAUUGUGGCGAAACAGUUUGCCAAUCCUUUCAAUAUUAUCCGUUGAAGCUGACUAAAUCAGUUAUAUAAAGGUCGGGGCCACUUAUGAACUAAAUAUUGUACUACAAGGCGAGUGUAAUUUUUCACAUGGCGAAACAGGGGUUUAAAUCAUCGACUAAGUAUUUAAUAAUAAAUUAUGCGGAUGCAGCUUCUAUAACAACUUUAAUAUAGCUUAAGAUAACCAUUUUAAUCAUUUUACUGUAAAUAAAAAAGUUAUUUAUUUAAA